UAAUGAUUGGUGCACACUUAGAAAUCACCAGCAAGAGGUCGCCUUGGCAAGUUGCAAGUAGCUCUCAGACGACGCUAUUGUACUCCUCUCUAGUGCAUGUGGCCAACGAGACAUCCAGCAGCUGAUUGGUCAUCAAGAAGAAUGUUCACUCAGCCACAGGGUGGGAGUGCCACUUUGGAGCAGGCAGAGCUACAGCCAAUUAAAGAGGAAGAGGAGGAACCACAGCCCACCCACAUUAAAGAGGAAGAGGCGGAGCCACAGCCACCCUAUGUUAAAGAUGAAGAGGAGGAGCCACAGCCCCCCUAUGUUAAAGAAGAUGAGGCGGAGCCACAGCUCACCCACAUUAAAGAGGAAGAGGCGGAGCCACAGCCACCCUAUGUUAAAGAGGAAGGGGAAGAACUUUCAAUCACUCAGGAGGGAGAGCAUCUUUGGUCAGAGGGGGCUGAUCUCACCAGGUUGCCACAAACUGAUGUCUCUGUGGUGACUGUAGACCAUGAAGACAAACCACCUGAGUUCUCACAGCUUCAUCAUAGUCCAAGUGAGGAGAUGAGAGAGGCGGAGCCUUCAUGCAGCAGCUCACUGCAACACAUGACAACAGAAGCUGAUGGAGACCACUGUGGAGGAUCACAAGCAGACAACCUCAUAGCUCCACUGUCGGACAGUGACGACACAACGUCACACUCUCCUGACGAUGAAGAGAGCGACUACAACCAAGAAUCUCUGAGCAGCGAUACAGACUGUGAAGGUGACAUGACGACUCACACUGGCAACAAGCAUUUUAACUGCUCAGUUUGUGAUGCAAGAUUUUCUCGUAAGAGUAAAUUGACUCGACACAUAAGAACACACACGGGAGAAAAACCUUUUAGUUAUUCAGACUGUGGUAAACACUUCACUCAAAAGACAUCCAUGCAAUUACACAUGAGAACAAACACAGGAGAAAAACCUUUUAGUUGCUCAGACUGUGGUAAACGCUUCACUCGAAAGACAACCAUCCAGUCACACAUGAGAACACACACAGGAGAAAAACCUUUUAGUUGCUCAGACUGUGGUAAACGCUUCAGUCGAAAGACAAACAUGAAAUCACACAUGAGAACGCACACAGGAGAGAAACCUUUUACUUGCUCAAAUUGUGGUAAACACUUCAAUCGAAAGACACACAUGAAAUCACACAUGAGCACACACAUUGGAGAAAAACCUUUUAGUUGCUCAGACUGUGGUAAAUGCUUCAAUCGAAAGACAAACAUGAAAUCACACAUGAGAACACACACAGGAGAAAAACCUUUUACUUGCUCAUAUUGUGGUGACACAUUUUCUUGGCGGUAUUCUUUGAAAAGACACAUGCAGAGUCACUGAUGGUUUACUGUUUGACUCGCCUGACUUCCAUGCUGGCACUGUGUUGCCUCUUUGUUGUAAUGUUUUUUGUUCAAUAUGCCUUUGUUCAAUAAAUACAUCUUGUUUUUGUUAAUGUGCAAAAGAAAGACAUGGUGACUACAGUGGUGUCAUUUGUAGUUAAAGGUGCUUAAUUUGACUGUGUGCUGCUGUGGUGGCAGAAUUAAUAUUGUACUAUUCUUUUAUUUUAUCAAGUUUAGUCUAAACUAACAGUUCUCACCUGACUGUUUUAUUUGACCAGCCAGAGGUAUCCUAGUGGUACUUGGCCGUGCUUAUCUGAUUUAUUUUUCCUUAUCUUGAGAGUAGAAGUGUCUGUUUGCAAGGAAAUCCCCGACAUAAGAGCUUUCAUGUCCUGAUAAUAUAAGCUUCUGUGUUUCUUUGUCUUGCGGCGCUGUCCAGUAGACAGCAACAUUGAAUGUCCUCCCGGCUGGAUUAGACCCUUUUCAAAGCUUUGGAAAUA